AUGAAGAAUUCUCCUUAUUUUAUGGCAUCACUGGAAUCACAAAAACCUGCUAACAUUAUAGAACCCUUUCCAGCUCCCAAGAAUCGAUCUGUCAUUGACCCAUUUCCUGCCCCAAAAGGUUACCCGAUAACAGACCAAUUAGUGUUUAUCAAGUCCGCCGCACGAUAUAACAUGCCUCUGAAUCAAGCUAAGGUCAAGUCCGUCCUGAGUGGUGACACCCUCAUUCUGACAUCCGUCGCCAACUCCAAAUCUGAACGAACUCUUUCACUCGCAUACUGUACAUCGCCACACUUGAGGAAAGAUGGAGAUGAACUGUGUGCCUACGAGUCUAGGGAUGCUUUACGACAAAUGGUUGUUGGAAAAGUGAUACAAUUCACUGUUCUAUAUACGAUCCCGAAUACAAAACGUGAUUACGGGAUCGUUUUUUUACAAGAUGGUACUCGCUUACCAGAAGCUAUGAUGAAACUUGGCUGGCUGCGACUGAGAGAUGAUGCUGGCCGUAAAGAAGACUCCGAAGAAGCUCAGAGUCAAAUUGGUCAUUUGCGAGCCCUUGAAGCCCAAGCUCGGUCCGAAGAUCUAGGGAUAUUUCGUGAUAAUGUUAAGCCGAUUAGUGUCCAGUACGAGCUUAAAUCUCCGGAGACCUUCCUAGAUACAUGGAAGGGUAAAUGCAUCGAUGGCUUAGUAGAGCGCGUGUUAAGCGGAGACCGUCUGCUCCUACGUCUACUCGUCUCACCACUAGAGCAUAUUCAGGUCAUCACUUUAAUAGCAGGAAUUCGUGCACCAACAACUGAGCAUCUUAAUCCAUCAAACGGCCAGACUCAGGCUGCUGAAGAAUACGGAAAUGAAGCCAAAUCCUUUGUCGAGGAGAGACUCUUGCAGCGAAACAUCAAAGUCGAUAUUUUGGGACUAAGUCCUCAGAAACAGUUAGUUGCAACACUUCGACAUCCUCGAGGCUCAAUUGCCAAAUUUUUACUUGAAGCGGGUCUCGCUCGCUGCACCGAUUUUCACUCUACCCUGCUAGGAGCUGAGAUGGCUCUUCUGCGCGAGGCAGAGAAGCUGGCUCAGUCGGAAAAACGUAAAAUUCACAAAGACCAUGUCGCCAAAGCUGCUAACUCGGCUGGAAACAUUGAAGCCCAAGUCACCCGAAUUUUCAGUGCUGAUGUCAUAUUUGUCAGGAAUCGUUUAGGCGCCGAAAAGCGCGUCAACCUUAGUAGCAUUCGAGGGCCUCGCACCACGGAUCCAGCAGAAUCCCCGUAUCGAGAAGAAGCCAAGGAAUUUCUUAGGAAGCGAAUUAUUGGGAAGAAUAUCCGAAUGAGUAUUGAUGGUUCUCGGCCAGCAACCGCUGAGUACGAAGCAAAAGAAGUCGCCUCUAUAACUUUAAACGAUAAGAAUAUCAAUCUGAUUAUGGUACAAGAAGGAUGGUGCUCUGUCAUUAGACAUCGGCGCGAUGACACUGACCGUGCACCAAAUUACGAUGAGCUUUUGGCCGCCCAAGAGAAAGCUAAAGAGGAUAAGAAAGGUAUGUGGUCUGGCAAGCCAUCCAAGGCAAAGCAAUAUAUGGAUGCCUCGGAAACUGUGCAAAAAGCCAAACUGCAAAUCGCAGGUCUUCAGCGUCAGAAAAAGAUACCCGCUAUUAUCGAUUUUGUCAAAAGUGGCUCUAGGUUUGUCGUUCUUAUACCUCGAGAGGGUAUUAAGCUCAACUUUGUUCUCGGUGGCAUUAAAACUCCAAAAUCGGCCAGAAACCCAACCGAAUCAAGCGAGCCGUUUGGCCAGGAAGCACACGAUCUCGCUACUAAACGUUUGACACAACGAGACGUGGAGAUAAACGUACAUGGACUUGACAGGGUUGGCGGAUUCAUUGGAGAAGUCUUUGUGAAUAAGGAAUCAUUCGCAAAAAUUCUUGUUGAAGAGGGCUUUGCUACUGUUCUAGAAUACUCUGCCGAGCAGCUAGGCAACUCUUCCGAACUUUUAGCUGCUCAACAACGUGCGAAAGAAGCCCGGAAAGGUUUAUGGGUGGAUUGGGACCCAUCGAUGGACCGAAAUGAAAAUGAAAUAGCUCCUCACACGAACGGGACUGAACCAACUACUUCUCGGGAAAAGGACUAUCGUGAUAUCAUGGUUACCCAUAUCGGAGAAAGCGGUAGCUUGAAGAUCCAAGUCAUUGGUACGGGCACUUCGGCACUGGAAACCCUCAUGAGUCAGUUCAAAUCAUUUCAUCAAAACCCGGCAAACUCAACCAGUCUACCUGGUCCUCCCAAAACUGGCGAUUACGUUGCAGCUAAAUUUAGUCAAGAUGGACAAUGGUAUCGAGCUCGUAUAAUUGCAAAUGACCGAGCAGCGAAACAGGCAGAAGUCUUGUAUAUUGACUACGGUAAUAGCGAAAAGCUCCCAUGGUCAACUCUACGUCCUCUCUCUCAAGCUCAAUUUUCACCGCAGAAAUUACGACCUCAAGCACAGGAUGCAAUUCUCUCACUUAUCCAGUUCCCAUCUAACAAGGACUAUCUUCUCGACGCCGUCCAGUAUUUGACGGAACUUACUGAGGGCAAGCAAUUAGUUGCCAAUGUUGAUAAUAUUGCGCCCAAUGGCUCUUUUUACAUAACUUUGUUCGAUCCAAGUUACAGCGAAAAACUCACAGACAGUAUAAAUUCGGAGAUAAUAUCUGCUGGACAUGCCAUGGUACCUAAUAAUCUUAAGGCUUGGGAACGUAGCUUUGGGGAUGUUUUAAAGAUAAUGAAAGAUAAGGAAGAAGAGGCGAUUCGAUCGCGCAGGGGUCUAUGGGAAUACGGUGAUCUUCGUGAUGAUUAG